AUGGACGGCGGUGUCGCUGUUGACGUCUUGACCCCGCCGGUCUCGAUACAACCGCCUGUCACCUUGGAGUCCACAGAAUCCGCCGCUCCAGAUCGACCUGUCAUCGGGGACACGUCUCCGGAAACGGCCAUGGAUACCUCCGAAGACUUGCCCCAGACUCAGACACCUGAAGUUGCGGCUACGACAGAAACUCCGGCAGCCGAAUCGCCAGAGAACCCCCAGAGAACGACACGGACUGAUGAGACCCCUGCUGAAACACCUCCCCCUCCUCCCCCGCCUCCGGUACAGGAAGAGGAGCCCGCUCCCUGGGCGGACAUUGAAGAAGACCUGUCAACUCCAGAUGAGGCUGAGUUGAAGGAGAUUGAAUCGUCCGAUGGUGACUACAGUGCGCACGAAUAUGAGUACUGGGAAAAGUCCUUCUACCGCGAACUGGACGACCCCGAAUACCGUCCCGCCGAGAAGGCCCGCCUCACCUGGAAGAUCAAAGGCGUCCGAGGCACCAAGGCCCGUCCCAAUCGUGCCAAGAUCAUGCGCUCUCCGGCGGCCUACGUGGGGGGAUACUGGUGGACGAUCAAGUUCUUCCCGCGCGGCAACGGCGUCGGCGCCCUGAGCAUCUAUAUCGAGUGCUCCAAGGAGAUGCCCAAGCCCGACAAGGAGCUUCCUGAGAGCGAGUUCAAGGUCCUCCGUGGUCCGCCCGACGCGGUGCUCAGCGACCUCCAGCCGGAUAUCCACGUCAAGUUUCCUCGGGUCGACGACUCGGCGGAAUGGUUCGAGAACUACAAGAAAACCUAUGCCGACGCGGGCCACACCAGCGCCCCAGCCGAUUCGUCCGCUGAGAGUGAAGCUCGGACCGAUUGGCGCGUCUCCGCCCAGAUCGGAGUGAUCCUGUACAAUCCUGAAGAGCCUCGCACGGGCUGGAUGCAGUCGUCGUGCCACCAGUUCAACCCCCACAAUCUGGACUGGGGCUGGACCAACUUCCACGGCCCGUGGGACCAGAUCCACCGCCGCCAGCGAGGCCAGCGCCAGGCCCUCCUCCGCAACGACACCCUGGCCUUUGACGCGUACAUCCGCGUCUUUGACGACCCGACCAAGUCGCUCUGGUGGCAUGCGAGCGACUCGGAGCCCGUCUGGGACAGCCUCGCCCUGACGGGUUACCGGCCCAUGGGCGACUCCGUCAUCAACCACAGCGCCGAAGUUGCCGGGCUGGCUGCCUGGGUCCACCUGGCUCCCUUCCGUAAGAUCAUCCAGAACGUCGACAUCCUCGAGCACCUCCACAACUCGGACGUCAAGCCCCGGCCGCUCUGCGAGGCCCUCCAGGAAUUCUUGUGGCGCUUGCGCCAUCAGACCGGCCCGGUGCAGUAUGUCGAGACCGAUAAAGUGACGUCCACCUUGCGCAACCUGCACGAAUUCUCCGGCGAUGUGGUUGAAUUCUGGGAACGUCUCCGUCGCUCUUUGGAGCUGGAAUUGGCGGGCACGCCUGCGGCAGAGGAGUUUGCUCGCCUGUUUGACAGCCCGCCUGUCGCGGUGAAUGCUGCCCAGGAAACGACACCAAUCCAUUCCCUUCCGUCGGAGCUGAUCCCCAGUAUCCGGGUCCCUGCGGACCUGGCCAAGACUGUUCAAGGUGCGGUGGAGCACUUCCUCCAGGAGAAGCCUGGUCGCUGGUCGCUGCCGCCUGUACUGCACGUCGAGCUCAGCCGCCAGCGAUUCGAUCACUCCGUCCGUCAGUGGAAGCUGCUCUAUAACCGCGUUGACCUGAAUGAGGUUCUCAAUGUCGCCCCAUACGUCGUGGAUGGGCAAUGCGGUGAAUACGACCUCUACGGCUUCAUCGUCCACCGGGGCCGCCGCACCUCGGGGAAAUUCUUCAGUAUCCUGCGACCUGGCGGGCCGGGCACCAAGUGGUUGGCGUUUGACGACGGCAGCGACAACCGUGUCGAGUGUCUGACCCGAAAGGCCGCCCUGGAGGCCCACGUUGGCCUCGAAGAGGGUAAGCUACGGGAGGCCAACGACCGGACCGGUCAUGAUGUCGCCGUCGCCGUCUUAUACGUCCGCCAUGAUGUGGUGCGUGAGUAUCUACCUGGCCAGCUGGAGCCGUGGGACGUCUCGCCCCGUUUGAAGACCUACUUUCAGACAGGUUCCUAUCCUCCACCCACGGCGGCCGCGUCUGUCAAUGUGGAAGUCUAUAGUCUGCCCAGCUUUGAUGACCGGCUGGGCAGUCUCUUCGACACGUACGAUCUGAUGUCCCUGGCCAAACAGACCAACAACGUUAUGUACUUUACCGUACCGCGAACCAUAUCGCUCUCCGAACUCCGGAGGAAGAUUGCUUUUGCCAAGUCGAAUGAUUCUGAACAGAUCAGUCCGGCGCGAGUUCGACUAUGGCGGCUGGGACCGAACAAGGACCUCGUUGGGGCCUCGCUCGUCUUUUCCCGGCUUACCGUGAUGAGGGAUACUCUGGAAAACAGCUUGGAGACUGUGCGCUUCUGGAUGCACAUCCUGUCGGAAGCUGAUGCAAAGCUUUUCGCGAUUCCGGAUCUGUCGGUCAAACCAAAGCCUGUGGAAGACAACCCUGAAGAAGCGAUUGAGGUCCACAGUGCAUCAGACUCGGAUGAAGAGAGAGAUGUCACUCCCAACGGCCAAGCUCGACCACCGCACGUGGGCGAUUCAUCUGCAGCAGAUGUGGCCAUGACAGAAGCUGGCGAGACCGGUGGAGUCAUCGCUCACCCCACCGCCAACGAUGUCCAACGGAUGGACGUUGAGGGCACUACGGUUCCGCCGACAGGGGCCGCCCAGGAUACCGUCAUGGAGGAUUCACCCUCCGAAUCGCAGUCCUCGGCCACUCCCACAUCCAGCGCGGCGAGUUCGACCGAGAUUUCCAUCCCCGCAGAACCAGAGGUGAUAUCGUGGGUGCCUCAUAUAUAUUACUUUAUCGAAAUUUUCGACAUCGAGAAGCAGGCCUUCCGCGCGGUAGGCUCGUACCUGUCCCGUGUGGAGGAGAACAUCAUGGCUGCCAUCCGGAAACACCUUCAAUGGCCCGAGGAUAAGGAUUUCCUGAUCUGGAUGCGCGACGAUGCCACGACAAUUACCGCUAUCUCCCCGGCGGACGAUUUCUUGAUGCCAAUGCGCGAUGGCAUCUGCUUCAUUGUCGGGGAGAAGUUGACCAAGGAUCAACGUGCCGAGCUUGGAGCAGCCGGUCUGUUCACGAAUCCGGAUCGUCUCGCCCAGUACCUCUGGGCGUCGUCGCGCAGGCACCCCACUCGGGCAUUUACGGGCACCAAGACCAUUGAUGCCACAUUUAACGGUGACUACUACAGCGGCCAGUUCUACAAGGGUUACUAUCACGGCAAGGGUACUCACAUCUCUGACUCGGGUGCGACGUACACGGGCGACUUCAUUUUCGGGCAGCGCCACGGAAAGGGCAAGAUGGAGUAUCCAUCGGGCGACACGUACGAGGGCGACUGGGUCGAGGAUCAGCGCCACGGCCAGGGCACCUUCAUUGAACGCAAGACGGGCAAUAAGUACGUUGGGGGCUACAAAGACGGCAAGCGGCACGGAAAAGGCAUCAGCUACUGGGAAGUGGCGGACGAGGAGAUGGACCUCUGCCAGAUCUGUUAUUCGGAGGAGAAGGAUGCCUUGUUCUACGACUGCGGGCACGUGUGCGCCUGCGUCGCCUGUGCGCGGCAGAUUGACACGUGCCCCAUCUGCCGGAAGAACGUGAUCAACGUCGUCAAGAUCUACAAAACGUAA